AAAAGUAUCGACCGAACCUCUCAUUCUUGAUCGUCGCCUGCGGUUUACCAUUGAAUUCCACAAUCCACUGUCAAUAUCGCUUGUCAGCACGAGGGUCGGAACAUGUCUCCAAUGUAAUAGCUGCGUACCGUCUGAGCAUGGUCGCCUGGCACGCGCGGAGCCAGCUUAACCUCGUCUCCGUCGGUACACGUCAACACAUCACCAGUGACAGCGACAUUCGUAAAAACACCCUUGAACGUGAUCGGCAUGAUAUUACUGUGUUUGUUGUUGGGGAGAAGAGGGAAUCAGAACUGGGUUGGUCCUCGAACCUGGGAUUGUACCAUCUUUUAUAUGCACGUCGUUGCAAGCUCGGCAUUCUGUUGCGCCGAGCACACGCACACAUGAAUCAUGUAAGCGAUUCAAUUGCAACUGAUCACUUCGUGAUCAGCCAUGGUGGCGAAGUUGGUACACAGCAUCACCCUGGCACUUCCGAAUUGCAUACAUUCCUCGUUUUCGCUCGCGGGGAAUGUUUGUCAAUGGGGUACGAGAGGAAUUGUAUAGAGAUCCACGAUGUCUCAACAGUGACUAUGCUACUCCUGGCACUUCCAUUGCAAAAGGAGUUACAAGCAUGCCUCGUUUUCGCUCGCGAGGAAUGUUUGUCAAUGGGGUACGAGAGGAAUUGUAUAGAGAUCCAUGAUAUCUCGGCAGUGACUGUACUACUGGCACUUCCAUGGAAGGGGAGUUACAAGCAUUCCUCCAUUUCGCUCGUGAGGAAUGUUUGUCAGGGGAUCUUUCUAGAGGGUGUAUUGCAACAGGAACUACAAACACUUACAAACAUUCCUCGAUUCUACAUACCAUACCCUUGGGGGCCUGGGAUCCCUGGAUCAACGGGGAUGAAGUAUAAUGUCCCCUGUUUUGUAAUAUCGCAGCUGUUGUCAAUUGAUGCUCACAGUAUCUCCAGCCCACUUCAUCCUCUUUAGACUCUCGUUCAAAAUGCCAGCGCAGGCAUAGGCUGAGGACCAUUAAGUGGCUAAUACUACUCACCUCCGCAACCUCGGCCUUAUUCAUGAAGGUCAAGGUCGAAAUGAGUAUAUCCUUCUCGCACCCCUAAAUCGUCAAUUGUAACG